AUGUUAUUAUCAUUAGGAAGGAAAUCUAGGUACCUUAGGUUAAUCCUAUUAGGUACUAUAUUAGUCUCAGUACUGUAUUUAUUAAUAACUUACGAAAAAAUAGAUCAAAUUGACAGUCCUGUGGCUAGUAGAUUAUACCACAGGCAGACUCCUAAGUUAGUUCAAGGACUAGGAAACUUUGAGCCAAAGGAAAACGAAAAUAGAGAUGGUCCAGGUGAAAGAGGACAGCCACAUCAUCUAAAGCAAAAUCAGCAAAAUAGUGCUGAUGAUUCUGAAUCAGAAUACGGAAUGAACGUGGCAUGUUCAGAUGAAAUCUCAUUAGAUAGGAGUAUCGUUGAUACACGUUUAAAGGAAUGCAGACAUUGGGAUUACCCUGAAAAUCUUCCAACAACAAGUGUUAUUAUAGUUUUUCACAACGAAGGGUGGUCAGUUCUGAUGAGAACUGUACACUCUGUCUUGAACAGAUCUCCCAAGCAUGUACUGAAGGAAAUAUUAUUAGUUGAUGACUUCAGUGAUAAAGAGAAUUUGAAAUCAAAGUUGGAGAGCUACAUUGAACAGUUUAAUGGCAAAGUAAGAUUGAUAAGGAACAAUCAAAGAGAGGGUUUGAUUAGAACAAGGUCUAGAGGUGCUCAAGAAGCUACUGGGGAAGUUAUUGUGUUCCUAGACGCCCAUUGUGAAGUCAACACCAACUGGCUUCCGCCCCUUUUAGCCCCCAUCUAUCGGGAUCCCAGCACCAUGACUGUUCCAAUAAUUGAUGGUAUUGACCACAAAACCUUCGAAUACAGACCCGUGUACGGAGAUGAUCGUCAUUAUAGAGGCAUCUUUGAGUGGGGUAUGUUGUACAAAGAAAACGAAGUGCCUGAGAGGGAGUUGAAAAAGAGGAAACACUACAGUGAGCCAUAUAAGAGUCCGACACAUGCUGGUGGAUUAUUCGCUAUGAACCGGAAGUACUUUUUGGAAAUUGGAGCAUACGAUCCAGGUCUUCUGGUAUGGGGCGGCGAAAAUUUCGAACUGAGCUUCAAAAUAUGGCAAUGCGGCGGCAGCAUAGAAUGGGUGCCGUGUUCGAGAGUCGGCCACGUUUAUCGCAGCUUCAUGCCCUACAACUUCGGCAGCUUGGCCAAAAAGAAGAAGGGCCCCCUCAUCACGAUUAACUACAAGCGCGUGAUAGAGACAUGGUUCGAUCCCGAGUACAAGGAAUUUUUCUAUACCAGAGAGCCGAUGGCUAAAUACCUCGAUAUGGGCGAUAUUAGCGAGCAAUUGGCGCUUAAGGAUAAGUUGAAAUGCAAGAGUUUCCAAUGGUACAUGGAUAAUGUGGCUUAUGACGUUCUUAAUAAGUAUCCUAAAUUGCCGCCGAAUUUGCAUGUCGGAGAAUUACGAUCCGUGGCGGCCACCAAAUGCCUGGACACUCUGGGACAUGCUCCGCCCUCUCUGAUGGCUGUCCAACAUUGCCACGGCUUCGGCAACAAUCAGCUGAUGAGAUUGAAUGCCAAAGGGCAAAUGGGAGUCGGAGAAAGGUGUAUCGAAGCUGACGGUCAAGGCGUCAAAUUAGCUUUUUGCAGAAUGGGAACCGUUGAUGGACCCUGGGUGUAUGACGAAAAUACGUAUACGUUAUUGCAUAGGGUGCACAAAAAAUGCAUGGCUCUGCAUCCGCAAACGAGCAAUCUGUCGCUGAUGCCGUGCGACAUCAACAACGCAUAUCAGCAGUGGCUGUUCAAGCAAAUUAAACCAAAAUGGAGCGAAUAA